AUGCCGCUCCCGGCGUUCCUGGCGGCGGCGGCGAGGCUCGCCGUCCUGGUGGCCGCUGCCGUGACGGCGGCCAACGCGGCCUCCUUCGCGCGGUACCGGCGCCGGCACCUCCGCCACAUCCCCAACCCCAUCGACGAGUCCGCCGACCCCAUCGCCGACUUCCGCGCCCUCCCCUCCAACUCCGCCGCCGCCCCCGCCGCCGAGGAGGCCGCAGGUCCUGCUCCCCUCUCCCCCCUCUCGAACCCUAUAUCCGCCUUGUACUUGUUUCGACUGCUUGGGUCCAAUGGUUCUGGGUAUCGUUCUGAACGGCCGCAUUGGUGCUGUUCUGCGGUUGUCAGUUUUGGUUUUCAGGCAACACAACUGACUCGUUUAUACAGUAUAUAUGUUAAUAGAUACCUGAUUAUUGGAAAGCAGUCAAUUCCAAGCGACAUGGAAGUCCUGAUGGUGUGUCUGGUUCUUCGCAGAAGAUGGCAAUUUCUUCUUUGGGCUAGCGACCAAGCUGGCGCAUGUCGAGGACAGGUUGGAAGAUGCUUGGCUUCAGUUUGCAGUCGAGCAUUCCUCUGCGAUGACAAGGAGGCCAUGUGUGACCAUAAGACAGCAGACGCGGUGAUGGCAUCGGCUGCAGGGGACGGAGGCGCUCAGUUGGCUUCUAGGUCUAGAGGGGACGAAAAGGCUGGCGAUGGAGAGAAGAGGAAGCCUCUUAAGGUUGCCAUGGAGGCGAUGCUCAGGGGGUUUGAAAUGUUUGUCGAGGGUGGUGAAUCUGGUUCUGGCGAUAAUUGCAGCCACAACGUCGCAGCUUGGCACAAUGUUCCUUGCCCGCAAGAAAGGCUUAAAUUUUGGUCUGAUCCCGAUACUGAGUUGAAACUUGCUAAGGAAACUGGGAUCAGUGUUUUCCGCCUGGGGAUUGAUUGGACAAGGGUAAUGCCUAAGGAACCAACUGAAGAGUUGAAGAGUUCAGUCAAUUUCGCAGCACUUGAGCGGUAUAGAUGGAUCAUUCAAAGGCUUCAUGAAUAUGGAAUGAAAGUGAUGCUUACGCUAUUUCACCACUCACUUCCACCUUGGGCUGGAGAGUAUGGGGGGUGGAGGAUGGAAAAAACCGUGAAGUACUUUAUGGAUUUUGUGCGGCUUGUUGUUGAUCGUGUAUCUGAUUUGGUGGACUACUGGGUGGUUUUUAAUGAACCUCAUGUGUUUGUAAUGCUGACCUAUUGUGCUGGUGCUUGGCCUGGUGGAGACCCUAAUGCAAUUGAAGUAGCAACAUCUGCUUUACCGACUGGUGUAUAUAACCAAGCAUUACAUUGGAUGGCCAUUGCACAUGCAGAAGCCUAUGACUACAUACAUUCAGAAACAAAAGUAAAAGGGAAGCCAAUCGUUGGUGUCGCUCAUCAUGUAUCGCUUACACGGCCCUAUGGUCUAUUUGAUGUUGCUGCUGUCACACUGGCUAAUUCAUUGACCCUUUUCCCUUACAUUGAUAGCAUAUGUGAUAAAUUGGAUUUUAUUGGCAUCAACUACUAUGGGCAGUUUAAUGAACGAUACAAGAGCUUGAAUAUACCUUUUAUAAUUACUGAAAAUGGAGUUUCUGACGAGACUGAUCUGAUUCGGAAACCAUAUAUUCUGGAGCACCUGUUAGCCAUUUAUGCUGCAAUCAUUAUGAACUGGGAAAAUUACAAGACAGGACAGGCUGGGUGCUUGGAGGAGCUGCAACAAGCAGCAUUUCAGAAGAAAACACGCCCAUUUUUCAGGGCUGUAGAUAAACAUGGUCGGAUGUAUGCAGGUAAGUAG